AUGUUAUCACCUUCGGUCAGGUAUGGUCCCUUCAAUGCAGACAUCUACUCGACACGGAUUGCGCCUAUCAACUGCUCGAACAUCGUCGAAUGCGUUCCUUGGGGGCGAAACCCCCGGGAUCCUCCCCCCGAUCCUUCCCUGUUGCCAAAGUGUGGUCCUGCCCGGUCGCCACAUGUACAGCCGUGUAUCGCAGCAUCGUUUCUCAUCGUUGUCAUGGAUGGACAAUGGCACCAGACGGAGAGGGGGACAUCAAGGCUCUGGUGCCGUACUCUCUGCAUUCACUCCUGGGGGCUUAUGCUACAAGAGACUGUGUUCGUUGGGGAAUGCUCGAAGACCUUGAAGACCUGCAGCUCCACUUGGGUUCGCUUCACCACGGAAUCUGACACCGGCAGUCGAUCUGUUCUGCACCCAUUUCUGUCGAAUUUGCGACUCAUUGGUACGUCCCAAGCGUUGGCUUCAGUCCGCUCUUACCCAAUGGGAUCUCCUCUUAGGUCCCAAAGUCAAGAGCCUCCCAUUACCGUCUCGGUCUCCUCUGCCGUGGCGUCGCUGUCCAGCAGUGUUGCAAAUGGUUAUGUUAUCGAUGACCUUGUUGCAGAGAUGCUGGUUAAUCGCCCUCGCAUCCCUCCUCUGUGGCCCACCCACUUGGAUUCAUUUCGUGAUUCUUUGGACCACAGAGAUCUCUACGUACGCAGUUUGGUACUGGUUGUGCCAGGGAAUAUCCACCUCAUUCCAGGCUCUGCGCCACCUACAAUGGACUGGGUAGUUCCUCGAUCUUGUCCAGCAUGGAGGGUGGUGACUGAGGCUGUAGGUGGUGACGAGAAUGCCCGGAUGCAGGUCAACACGACUGUGCUUGAGAGCUCGGAGAUGGCCUCUCUGGUCUCGCUCUGUGAUUCCAUGCUCAUUACCAUGGAUUCCAAUUUCAGGUUGAGAAACGGAUGUCAUGGUGCCGUUGCCUGA